ACCCAACCAGCGAGAAAAUAAAGCACUCCACAAUUAAUAAGCCAAAUUAUGGGAGUUUUUAUUUGCAAAGGCCAGCGACUGCACGAGGUGGCGUAGGCUUCCCAAAUCAUGCAGCCCGGAGACUGCUCAGAGUUAGUCUUUUAAAGACAAAAGCCACAUCUUUUCUUGGCAAGCAGUGUGUGGAGGAAUAAAAGCUUUCCUCUGUAAGGUUUUGAGAAUUGAAAUAGCACUUCCUGGAAGCAUCAAGGAGAGAAAUGUCUGUCACACUGCAUACAGAUGUAGGUGAUAUUAAAAUAGAAGUCUUCUGUGAGAGGACACCCAGGACAUGUGAGAACUUCUUGGCUCUUUGUGCCAGUAAUUACUACAAUGGCUGUAUAUUUCAUAGAAAUAUCAAGGGUUUCAUGGUUCAAACAGGAGAUCCAACAGGUACUGGAAGAGGAGGUAGCAGUAUCUGGGGCAAGAAGUUUGAGGAUGAGUACAGUGAAUACCUUAAGCACAAUGUAAGAGGGGUUGUAUCUAUGGCAAAUAAUGGCCCAAAUACCAAUGGAUCUCAGUUUUUCAUCACCUAUGGCAAACAGCCACAUUUGGAUAUGAAAUAUACAGUAUUUGGAAAAGUGAUAGAUGGUCUGGAGACUCUGGAUGAGUUAGAGAAGUUACCAGUAAAUGAGAAGACAUACCGACCUCUUAAUGAUGUGCACAUUAAGGAUAUAACCAUUCAUGCCAACCCAUUUGCUCAGUAGCUGGAAUAGCCAGGGCAAUGCCUGGCAAACUGUUCCUGGGAACACACCCAUUGUGGUUUACCCAGUUUGAAGCAUGUCAGAGACAUGUCAUCAUGCUCAUUUAUAGGGAAGAUCAUCUGUAAGCUGUUUCAUACCAGAGGGCGCCCAACAGCUUCUUUCCUUAUUCUUUUUUUUUUUUUUUCAAUGGUGCUGGUCCUGGGGCUUGCCUGAGCUCUGGGCCUGGCUGCUGUCCUUUGAGCUUUUGUGCUCAAGGCUAGGGCUCUACCACUAGAGCCACAGCUCCCUUUCUGGUUUUUGGUGGCUAACUGGAGAUAAGAAACUUUUCUGCCUGGAACAGAACACUUUCAAAGAGUUUAUACUUAAGGCCUUUACCUUGCCAGACUAGUUCUAUACCGCUUGAACCAUGCCUCCAGCUCUGCUUUUUGUUGGUUAUUUUUGGAGGGAAUUCUCUUGGGUUUUUCUACUUGGAUUGGCCUUGGACUUUGCUCUUCUAGAUUGCUGUCUCCUGAUAGGAUUACAGAUGUGAGCCAACAGUACCCAGCCUAAUUAAUGUUUUGGUUCUUUUAUCUCCAGUCUGAGAUAGCUUGUGUCCUCUUGUUACCAUUUAUACUUUCCACUAAACUAAAGUCCUUGUUAGACCAAUGACUUCACAUUUUGUUUCAUCAUGCUAGUCAUUUUGGUUUGUAAAAUUAUAGCUACUUUUUGGCCAAAGUUUGUCUUGCCAGUUCUUAUAACUCAUCUUCUCUAAACAGCUUUUGUUGUUUUGUUUUAACUGCCAAUACAGGUGCUUCAACUAAGGGCCCUCAAGCUCUUGCUCAGUUUGCUUUACCACUUGCUCUACUAACUUGAGCCAUCCCACCAGCCUUGGCUUUUUGCUGGUUAAUUGGAGGUUAAUUGGAGUCUUGUGUAAUUUGCUACCUGAGCUGACUUCAAACCACAUUCCUCAGCCUGCUGAGUAUAUAGGAUUACUGGUAUAAGCUCCUGGAACCUAGCUAGUGUCUUUUUGAGAUCAUUCUUGAGGGGCCUUUACCAGUGUUUUUGUAUUUACUGGCAUUUCCCCAAAUUUUAUUCUAAACUCUUCCGUGUGUGUGUGU